AUGGGCGAGCCCAUCGACCAGUCCUCGUUUGCCAGCAUUUUGGCGGGCGUGCAGAAAAUGCGCCGGGCCUACGACGUGGGCGUGGCGGCGCCAGCAGAGCCGCCCCAGCCCGCUCCCACAGACGAGGCCCCGGGCCUAGGGCGGCCGCCUCCGCGUCUUGAGAAGCCGGCCCAAAGUCCCGAAAACACGGCCCAAAGCCUCGAAAACACGGCCCAGGACACGGCCCAGGACACGGCCCAGAAGCCGCAGGCCCCCAGCCAAAAGCCCCCAGCCACGGCGCCCAAAACGGCGCCCAAAACGGCGCCCAAAACGGCGCCCCAAUCGGCCCCCAAAUCGGCCGCCCAUGCCGCCCCCCUCCACGCCAGCAGAAGAGCCGGCCCCACAAACGUGCACUCGUACACGCAGGUGCAGGUGGCGCCGUCGCAGAAAGGCAACCCGCUCUUGGAAAGCCCGCCGAUGAAACUCACGCCCUGGGCCUUCAAUGCCCAGAUUCUCCUGGACUACUACAUCAACGCCACGGUGCAGGUGCUCUUCCUCUCGUUGAAGUACCACAGGCUCCGGCCCGAGUACGUGUGGCGGCGGCUCGAGCGGCUCCGCGGCGGCCACGCCUCCAGCAGCCCUGCACACGACCAGGCCUUGCGUGUUUUGUUGGUGGUCGUGGACAUCGACUCGCCGCAGGAGGCGCUCCGCAGGCUCGCGGUGGUUUGUGUCAAGAACGACCUCUCCAUGGUGGUGGCGUGGCUGUUCGAGGAGGCGGGGGCCUACGUGGCGGCGUUGAAGCUGAACGAAAUGGCCCGCACCAAGACCGCCUCCUCCAUCCAGGGCUCGCGCAAGGCGGACUACAACUCCAGCGUGGUGGCCACCUUGACCGCGGUGCGUGCGGUCAACAAGACCGACGUGGUGAACUUGCUAGCGAACUGCAAGUCGUUCAGAAACACCGUGCUCCAGGCGGCUCUGGGCGACGGGGUGCUGGACAUCCCGGGCCUUGGCGGCCGCAAGGCGGCGAACCUCAGUGCGGCGUUUGCCGGGCCGUUUGUGUUCAACAAGGACUGGAGCUGA